AGUGUGCAUUUCGAAAUCUGACCGUUCAGCGACCAACUGCAUCUCCCGCUCAAACCCCAAAUUUCCCCUAACCCACCACCACCGCGGCGAUCCACCGCUCCUCCUCCCCUCGACUCGAACCUUCUGGAACCUUCCCGAACCUUCUACAAGCAAGCACGCUUCCCUUCCCCGACCGCCGCCAUGAGCCGCCGGGAGCCGGCGGUCUCCUCCCCCUUCCGCGACCUCUCCAACCUCCGCACCCCGAACCCCAGGGCGCCGCCUAACCCCAAAUCCUCCGCCUCCAAGGAGGAACCCCUCCCUUCCGCCACCCCGACGACCCGGCGCCGGCGGGGGCCUCCUCCUCCUCCUCGCCCCGGCGCGGCGACCGCGACGCCCCUCGCCCGCCGCCUCCGCGCGCUCGAGCUCGACCAGUCGCGAUCCGCCCGCCGCGCCGAGUCCGGCCGCGACGGCGCCCUCCGCGCCUUCGCCUCCUCCGCCACGUCGUGGCUCUCCCUGCUCCUCCGGGACCCCUCGGCCUGCGGCUGCGCGCCUUCCGCGGCCGCCGCCAGGGUCACCCGCGACGCUCCUGCUCACGGCGUGCAGGGCAAGCGCGACGCGGUCGAUGGGGAGCGCGCGCGUGGGCGGAGCCCGAAGCGGCACCGGGGUGGUGAGGAUCGCGGCGGGCCGGGGCCGAGGAGGAAGACGAUGACGCCGGCCAUGGCGGCUUCGUUGAGGGAUUCCCUGAGGGAGGUGUGCAGCCUGGAUGACGUGACGGAGAGGAUGGGCAGCCACAUGAGCAGGGAAGCGUGCGAGGAGGUGCUCGUCAUGAUGUGCCAAAUCUGCAAAAACAUUGAUAAUGGGAGGUUAAAGAUGAAAGAACAUUGCCCCCUUGUUUCUGAUCUCAGGCUGAGAGAUAAAGCAAUAAGAAUCUUCAUGUGUUACAAUCCUAAGUGGCUCAGGAUAGGACUGCAUAUUGUCCUCGGGGGUGAUUCCUGGAUACAGAAUGAAUCGCAGAAAAAGGACAAGGAAGUUGCCUUUCUGAAAUUUGUUCUGGAGAAGCAAUUGUUUGUUCAUAUGAAUACACAACCUUCCGCUCUCAACAAGGCGCCCGAGGGGCACCGUAGAGCAUGUUAUGCUGAAGCGGCCAGCAACAGUAUACUGAAAAGGUUAUUUCUUCUUGUUGCUGCCUUAGACAGAGCUAAAAUAGAAAGUGGUUUACCUUCGGAAUCUGGAAUCGAUGGCCUCGAUGGUGGAUCCCCUUUGUUAUUUUGUCGCCAGACCGAAAUAAAGUCUAGUCGGCAAAUUGUUCAGGAGUCAUUGGGGGAAGUCAUGCAUGGAGAAGGUGAUCUAUUGAUGCAUCUCAAUAUCAUGGGAUAUAAAUUGAAUUAUCAGCAGCUUGCUCUAUCAGAGUAUGAUUUCACUGUAGGAAAUUUAUUUGAAGAUCUUCAAGAUGGCAUAAUUCUCUGUAGAAUUAUUCAGCUGCUAACAUCUGAUGCAUCGAUUAUUUUGAAAGUGAUUGCUCCAUCAGAUACAUAUAAGAAAAGAUUGCAUAACUGCACCAUGGCAAUCCAAUAUAUCAAGCAGGCUGGGUUUCCGUUGUCUGAUGCAGAUGGACUCUCAAUCUCUGCGGAAGACAUUGUCAAUGGGGAUAAGGAGCUAAUUCUAGCGUUGCUUUGGAACAUGUUCAUUUAUAUGCAGUUACCAGUGUUAGUAAAUGAAACUUCAGUAGCUCAGGAAAUAUCAAGGCUAAAGGCACCAGUAUCAGAACAAUCAAUCUCUGAAAUGAAGUCACAGACUGGUUUGCUUUAUGAUUGGAUUCAGGUUGUAUGUGCAAAAUAUGGCAUUAGUGUGGAAAGUUCUUCCCAAAUUGACAGGAGAGCUCUGAAUUACUUCAUCAGCUAUUAUUUGAACAUCAAUAUUCCUAAUUUUCCUUUGAAGGAAACAUUAUCUGAUUGUCGAAAGGAAUUGUUCAGUUGUCAUAAAACAGACAUGAUUGCUGAUAUCACCACUUAUCAAUUCAACAACAUUGGAAAAGUGCUUGCACAAUUUCUUCAGGACCUACCUGGUUGGAAUAUCCUAGCUAAUGAUGUAUUAUUUGUUGAAAAAAGUGCAAUAAUUCUGCUCGCAUUCCUAUCUUCACAUCUGACUAAUGUCAGACGAUUGGAGCAACUAAAGAAUCUGAUCGAUUCAAAGUUGGAUCAUCAAAGUCUGGUUACUGAGGUUUCUCCUAGGCGUAGAUCUCGAGGAACAACUGACAUGAAGUGCCAUUUUCCUCAGACAGAGGAGACAGAUGGUUCACGCAGUACCCGAGAGUGGGCUGCAACAGUUAUACAAACUCAAGCUAGAAGACUUAAUGCAAUGAGCAAAUACUGUAAGCUUAAGAAUGCAACACAGCCAUGCAACAAGGGGCAUGAUCCUGCUUCAUCCAGUCCUCUGAAGAGCAUUGCUGAUAGUAGCUGCAUAGAUUCAGCCACUAAGCUUGUGUGUGAGGAUGAUGUGGACUGCAGCAGCAAUUCCUGUCAAGUUUUGUUCUAUCAUGAUCCAGUAUCUACCAAGGUCGACUUCCUGUUCUGCAGGAAGGCAAUGGCUGCUCGAAAGAUACAGUUUGCCUAUAGAAGAUUUGCCCACAGAAUACGUUCAAGAAUUUCGGCUGCAAUUAAGAUCCAAAGCCAUUGGCGCUGUUUCUCUGUGCGGAUACGUUUCAAAAGGCAAAUUCAAAAUAUUACUACCAUCCAAGCUGUAGCGAGGUGUGUUUUGUGCCACCGGGAUUUUCAGAAGCAACGCCAUGCUGCAAUAGUGAUUCAGAGAAUUUUCAGAGGAUGGUUAGCCAGAAAGAAACUACUAGGCUCUUGGUCACCGGGAUCUGGUAUAAACUUUUGUGCACUAGAUCAAAAUCAGCAUAAAAUAUCUCAUCAAAGUACACAGCUGAAGAUUGUGCUAUAUUCAGUCCUAAGGUUACAAAGAUGGUGGAGAAAGGUCCUUUUAAAUCGGUCUAUCAGAACAUCAGCAAUCUCAGUUCAGUCCUUUGUUCGUGGCUGGUUGAUUCGAAAACAAGUAAAGCAAAUUCUAUGCAGCGUCUAUCUCAUUCAAAGAUGGUGGAGGCAGGUUCUAUUUCUUGAAUCAAGGAAGAGAUCUGUGAUUGUUAUCCAGGCUCAUGUCCGGGGAUGGAUUGCACGGCAGACUGCUGUUAGAAACAAGAAGCGUAUAACUAUAAUUCAGUCCUAUGUUAAAGCUUAUCUUCUGAGGAAAAGAUCGAAGCAAGAAAUUACCGAUGACAUCAUGUGUCUGAUCAACAGACUGAUUGCUGCAGUAUCACAGCGGAGCAUCAGCACUAUUCGACAGAUUUGUGCAACAUUAAGUACGGCUACAGAGCAUUCGGAGAAGUGCUGUCAGACAAUUGUCAAUGCUGGUGCUGUCGAAAUUCUGCUGAAGCAAAUCAAUUUGCUGAACCGUGGAGUUCCAGACCAAGAAGUCCUGAAACAAGUGCUCUUCACUUUGAGAAACAUCGCACGAUUCAGGAACCUUCAACCAGUGCUAGCUAACACUCCACAGGCAGUUGAAAUUGUUUUCCAGGAGUUGCUGAGGAGCAAAACGGAAGGGUUCUUCGUCGCGUGUGAUAUCUUGAAGAGGCUAUGCGAGUCGGAAGAAGGCCACAAAAUCGCACGAGCUCUGAAGCGCCACAUCAGAAGGCUGGGCUGCCUGGUGCAAGAACUCGAGAAGAAGGUGGAUCUUGACAAGAGGAACGGACGCACCGGAGUCGCUAAGGACAACAAUUUGCGGCGGCUCGGGGAGGCUGUCACCCUCCACCAUCUGUUCACCAACGACCAUUGUUGAUGUGGUGAUAAACUGAUGAUAGUCGAUUCGAUAGGCUUUUCACCUUGGAGUUGGAGGUGUUGGCUUUUGGGGGUGAUUUAGGGCACAGGUGGAUGUGAUUUUCAUGCGCUUGUAGAUGAUGUAAUUGGACUCUGGAUUUGCUGAAAAAAAAUGGAGUUGCAGGUGUGUUGGCUUUUGGGAGUGAUUUAGGGCACAUGUAGAGGUGUUUGCCAUGAGCUUUUUGUAGAUGAUGAAGUUGGACUCUGGAUUUGCUGAAAAGGAGCAUCGGCUUGAUGUGUGUAACAGAGUGCCUUCUGAUAAGUGCUGCGUUUUUCAA